AUGUCUACCUCCCUUUUCAGCUUGGGCUCACGUGUCUUCAGCGUCACAGGCGGCGCUUCCGGCAUGGGAGCCGCGACCGUUCGCCUUCUCGCCCAGCACGGAGCUGGCGCCAUCUGGAUCGCGGAUUGGAAUGACGGAAGCUUUGGUCAGAUCAAGGAAGAUGUUGAGCGCAUCAACCCUCUCACCAAGGUCUACACUCACAAAGUCGACAUGUCGGACCCAAAGCAGGUGGACGACUGGGUAGCCAGCAUCAUUGCAGAGUCUGGAGUUCUGCAUGGCGCUGCAAACGUCGCGGGUCGCAGCCAUGGUCAAUGCUCCAGAGAGAGCCAUCUGACAAUAGUGAAUGUCUCGAGCCUUGCUUCACUGCUCCGUGGGCCAAGUGCGUUUGCGUACGGUGCCUCCAAGGCUGCCUGCGCCCACUUCACGUCAUGCGUAGCUAAAGACGUUUACUCUUUUGGCAUCCGCGUCAACACUGUCUCGUCUCGCCAGGUAAAUCAUCAAGAAAUAAUCAUCCAGCUUAAGGCAAAAGCUAACCUUCAAGGCAACACUUACACGGCCAUGACAAAGGAGUUCUUUGGCCACAUGUCCAAGGAGGAGACGGAGCAGCAACUUCAAAAGUUGGGAGUCAACACAAAGAUGCUGGAGCCUGAAGAUGUUGCUAGGGUCAUUGUAUGGCUUUUAAGUGAGGCAUCCAUGGAUGUUAACGGUGUCAACCUGCCUGUUGGAGAGGGAGCUCCUUGA